UGGGGGGCGGAGAAACAGUAGUUCGUCUAUCAGCGGUCAGGGGACUGCAACAGGUUUGACGCAGAGGACCAACCUGCAAUUCCGACUUUCAGUGGUGGGUUGGGUUCUCCCCGCCCCUACUCCGGCGCCUCCCUAGCGCCGCUCUCCGGCGCCAAGCCCGCCCACUGUAUGCGCCGACCCGCCACUUCCGCCCUCACUUCCCUCCAAGCAAGAUGGCUGAGGAGCAAGAGUCUGCGCUUCAGCUCUCUCCCUCAAUUGCUGCUGAAAGUGAAGGACCCACCGAGGUAUCCCCAGAAACAGCCACUCCGGAGCCCCCUUCUUCCGCUGCAGUCUCUCCGGGAACAGAGGAACCUGCCGGUGACACCAAGAAGAAAAUUGACAUCCUGCUAAAGGCUGUGGGAGACACUCCUAUAAUGAAAACAAAGAAAUGGGCUGUAGAGCGAACCCGAACCAUCCAAGGACUCAUUGACUUCAUCAAAAAGUUCCUUAAACUGGUGGCUUCAGAACAGUUGUUUAUUUAUGUGAAUCAGUCCUUUGCCCCCUCCCCAGACCAGGAAGUUGGAACCCUCUAUGAGUGUUUUGGCAGUGAUGGUAAACUGGUCCUGCAUUACUGCAAAUCUCAGGCAUGGGGAUGAGCUACAGAGGAAAAGAUAACUGCUAACUUAAAAUGAAUCUUCACAAAAGAAACAGCUCUGAAAAGUUUUGAUCUUGUGGCAAGAGGCUUGUGGAUGUGAUCUCUUCAGCAUGCAUCUACUGUGACCCAUGUCUAUACAUUUAAAAUAUCCACAGAGUAGAUGAACUCACAAAAAUGUGAUUUGUAUUAAAACACAAAUCAGCAUAAAAGAUUGACAUUAGGGUUUACCCAUUACUAGAACUAUUGCUCCAGAGCUGCCUCCAAAGUGUUGAAAAGGAGACUAAGAUUAUAUAAAGCUGUUUUUGUACCACUUCUCAAAAUGACUGAAAUUGUUUACUUGAAAAAUUAGCACUCUGCUGAUUCCGCCCCCGCAAAAAGUCAAUUUACUAAAGGAUUCUUUUGGGGCUUAUUCAGGGGAGUGCAAUUUGUUUGAGGUAUGUGUUUUGCCUUUUCUCAUUUACAUUUCUAUCUACAGUGUUACCUUGUGAAACAAAGUUGCAUUGACCUGCUGGCUUUAUUACCUUGCAUAGUCCAGUAGAGGGCAACCCAGCUGGCAGAAAGAUUUAGGGUGUGUGGUUUUACCUCUUUGCCAGAAGAUAAUAGCUAUUCCUGCUAAUUUCUAGCAAACAUCUAGCCAAGAGAGCACACAUGUUGACACACUGGAAGAUUGCUUUAGAGAAAAUUUGUGGUUUCGGUUUAACUGUUUCAUUGGGAAACAAAAGGAAUUUUACAAAUUUUGGACAAAUGAGUCAUCUAACUCUUUUCAAUCUUAUCAUUUAAUGAUUCUUGAGUCCCAGUGGUUAUAACUGUGGUAUUAAACUCUCUCUUAUUUUUACAGUGUCAAAAGCACUCAAUGAGUAAAUGAGGCAGCAUCUUUCAGUUUUUUAUAAUGUAUUUUCCAACUUGAAAAUGCUCAAAGAAUAAUUGGAAAAUAGCUAGAUUUUAUGUGUAUUUCAUGCCAUGACUAAAAGUACCAUUUUUUACUGAUGCUAUUAAACUGAUAAUUGCUUUAAAUAAGAUUCAACCUUUUUUCUUCGUUCUGUAUUGUAUUUGUAAUGCAGCAUUUUUUAAAAAAAUUCCAAUAAAUUGAAUGGAAUGUUCAA